UCAAGAUACUCAAGAACAGAACAACUUCAAGAUACAGGAAGAGAAACACAAUGACCACAUUUGCAAAGAAUACAUUCUACAUUUCAAUUGGAUUUUGGCUCAUCUUAGGUGUUGAAUGCUAUACUGGUUGGUUAAACCCUACAUUAACUGUUAAGACUGGAGGAUCUGUCACCAUCCCAUGUCAUUAUGAUGAGAAAUACACACAGCAGAAGAAAUACUGGUUCUCAGGAACUGAUAAAUCUAAUACAUACACAAACACAACAGAAAAGAAUCUGUCAGUAAUGGAUCAUCCUGAUCAGAUUCUCUUUACUGUGACUAUGAGAAAUCUGCAGAACAAACACACUGGAAAUUAUUAUUGUGUUGUGGAGACUGGAGAACAACCACCGAUAAAAACAAUAUAUGAGCCUUAUCUCAAGAUUCAGUCUGCUCCUAAUGUGUCUGUGGUGAGCAGCAGUGUAUCUGGACAUGAAGGUGGUGAUAUCAGUGUUCAGUGUUUCUACAGUUCUGGAUAUAAGAAUGAAGUCAAGCAGUGGUGUAGAUAUAAAGAUCAGAGCUGUUACACAGUGGGGAGGACUAACACAUCCCAGAAUUCAUCAGUCCAGAUCAGUGAUGAUGGGAGAGGAUCCUUCACUGUGCUGAUGACUGGACUGAGACUCACUGAUUCUGGCUGGUACUACUGUUCUGCUGGAGAGGCACUGAAUCCUGUUCAGCUCACUGUAAAUGAGGCAGAACCAGGCACUGUCAGUGACAAAGUAAAUGAAACAGGAAUUCUCAAUGAUAAUAAUGAAACAGAAGACACAGUAGCAACUCAAAACAAUGAACUCCUGACUGUGUGGCUUCCAGCUUUAGCAGCACUUCUGCUGUUACUGAUUCUGAUCAGUGUUUUCACCUGGAGAUGGAGACGGAGACACAAGCAAGAUAAACACCAAAUCAGAAGGAGAACCAGCAGCAUAACCACUGAUGUGAUCUACUCUAAAGCUGAAGAUCCUGAGAUGUACAGCAUUAUAAAUUAUGAAAACCCAAAUGAUCCCAACAAGGACAUAACCUACAGUACUAUUGAUAAUUUUCCUGUGCGUGAAGCAGAGAAGCCUCCAGCAGGUGGAGCAAUAUACAGCAUAAUAUACAGCACUGUGGCUCCACACUGACUGCAACAGUAAGAAGAACACAGGAACAGAACCUUCUGACCAAGAGAAACAAAAUCAGCAGCAGAGGACUGUCAUCACAACUGUGUGUGUGUGUGUGUGUGUGUGUGUGUGUGUGUGUGUGUGUGUGUGUGUGUGUGUGUGUGUGUGUGUGUGUGUGUGUGUGUGUGUGUGUGUGUGUGUGUGGUGUCUUUGUCAACACACAAUUGUCUUUUAGCAGUACAUAGUUUUGUAUUUUGUGUUAUCGAGUCUGUUUAAUUACUUCUCCAUUUCUCCAUUCUGUCACUGAUGGAGUUUUGGUUUCUCUGGUUUGCUUAGUUGGGGACACUUCAUUUCCAGCGAUAUCGUCGACUUGAUUGCACAGAUACUAUUUAAACUGAACUGAGCUGGAUAAUGAAAUCACUGAAUUCAGUGAUGAACUGCCUUUAACUGAAAAAAAAUGAGUUUACUAUUUAAGUUUACUAUAGUUUACUAUGAGUUUACCAUAUGUUUGCUAUUGUCAUUUUUGCAUUAUUGACACACUAUUUUCCUAAUUAAUGCUGUACAGUUGCUUUGACACAAUCUUUAUUGUUAAAACGCCAUAUUAAUAAAGGUAACUUGACUUGA